AGGCGUUUUGGUCGAAUUUCAACUCGAGUCGUUAUUGCUUAACUAUACGAUUGUAAAGUCAAAUGUCCGGCUAACAAGCCGUACGCAGAUUAAGAAAAUUGUCUCUCUAAACGUACAAUCGUGUGUCCUGAAAAAAAUAAAUCCAUCAUACUGGGCUCAUAGACAAAUCGAAGAGACAACUGCGGCUAUUGACAGCUGCAGCGACUACUAUAGAAGGAUCGACGUGUGAAAUGUUGAAUUAUUCUGAAAUUAUGCGCGCAAUCGGUAGAUGUCUGUAGACAGGCUCAUUGAAAAGAGAUUCAUAGAAGUUCCAGUGCGUGUCAUUCUGUGUAGCAUUUCAGUGUGGUGCAUGAUCGCUGACAUUGGUUGUGCCGAAGACGUGUCGCUCUUGUCAAAAUGGUUCUUCCGGUGCGAUACAUUAAAUCUCCAAUGGAUAUGCAAAAAUGGACGAAAAGCAAGGCGUAUGAUGACUACAUUUUGUUUCUUGUUGCAAUGAACAACGCCGCCAAGGGAACUAACGGGAAGUCACUUAUCAAAACUUCAGAGAAUUGCAGGAAGUUAGUGGCUCUCCUCGACAAACUUGAUCAGUUAAUUACUGAAACUCCACCAGUGCAGCAGCCUGCGCGAUUCGGUAAUGCAGCUUAUCGUACAUGGUAUUCGAAGAUGGAAGACCGCAAGGAAGCGUUGCUCAAAGAGCUUCUACCCGAAUCCCUAUACGAUCGUAUCGAGGAGCUGGCCGUAUAUCUCGUUGAUGCUUUCGGAAAUCAAACUCGAAUCGAUUACGGAACGGGUCAUGAGAUGAACUUCGCCCUGUUUCUAAUGUGUCUUUUCAAGAUGGAGUUCCUGAAUGAGGCUGAUGCACCAGCCGUUGUUGUCAAAGGCUUUGACAGAUAUAUGAAACUCAUGAGAAGGCUACAAACUGAAUACAGAAUGGAACCAGCAGGAAGCCAUGGAGUAUGGUCGCUGGAUGAUUACCAGUUCCUACCAUUCAUUUGGGGAAGUGCGCAGCUGAUCGUUGAGCCUCCACAACAAGCCAUUGAAGAAAUUUCUGUUCCUUGUCAGUUUCUCAAUGAAGAUAUUCCUGAGAAAUACGAAAAUGAUUAUCUCUUCAUGGCUUGCAUCGCAUAUAUUAACCGCGCAAAGAAAGGACCAUUUUUCGAGCACUCGAAUCAACUUUAUAAUGCCUCAGGAACACCUAGCUGGCAACGACUAAAUGAAGGAUUAAUCCGUAUGUAUAAAGCAGAAGUACUGGGGAAGUUCCCAGUGAUACAGCAUACGAUGUUCGGGGACCUCGUAUCGAUCGAGCCUUGUAUACCGCAAGCGGGAGCCAAAAAAACUUUAAGUAGCUGUUAAAGUAAGCAGGAGUAUUCGCCUUGCUAGGAUUACUCAUCGAUAUCCUCCCUAUAUGAUAGAAUACGUUAGUGUUCAAUACUACUAAAUAAAUAACAUGUCGAAUGUUAUCGAUUCCACCGAUGCUUUCAUUAUGAGAUAGUACCAAUAAUGAACCAAGAUAGUGAAAUACAUACAACGAGCAUAGCUGCAUGGCGCUUAAUAAGCAUGCCAUGUACCGCUGAAAAUACAAAACUUUGAGAACGAAUUGUUUAAUUUAGAAAAUCAACUUAGUAUCACGACGCGCAUUCUGGCUGUAGUAAUGCUAUGCGCUACUUUAUGCUCUGAAUGUAAAAAAUUAUAAUACACAGCUUUUUUUGUAUUAAACCUGCCACAUGUACCGUGCUAUGAAGUAUCAGCAUAAAAGAAACUAAUACGCCUGACAAAAGUCUCAAGAUGAAUUUGUCAAAAAAAUCCAACUUAAUUUCCACCAAGCUAUUUCCCCGUAGCUGAUCGUGGUCGGUAAUUCGUGACGCCUGUCGUCAAAGUCCCAUAAUGUUCCACUAUCCAUUCGUUGUUUACUUGACACACUAAAUAACGAAUUUUAUAUAACUCCCGGUUCUAUACCAACCACUAUUUCUAAAGUGCUUAACAUAAAUAGGAUAGUAGAGUUUAUUCACGAACGGCUGAUCGAGGAACGAUUAAAUCACUCAGCCUAAAAGGCUUGCAUAAGGCGUGUGAAUGCCAUUGCUGAAAGAAACUUCAGUUAAGCGAUCUUUAACUUAGGCAAGACAUAUUUAAUGAGAAAGAUGCGACUAGCGAUGGUAAAAGGAUAUGCCUAUGCUAAUUCAAGUAUACAGUCCAGGAAAUGGUAUUAUCUUCCACUUUGGGAAUGACGUUUUUUCGACCAAAUUCUUAGGUUCGUCGCUUUGGCAUAGAAAUGUUGUCAUCGUCUAAGUCGGCCACGAAGUGCACCGAUGAGCUUCCGAGUGUAGUUUAAGAAAUUACAGCACCCAGAGACCCAGGAGGUGGAAGGACCGAAAUUUUCAUAGAAAAGCUUAUACAUCGUAGAUGUGUUUUUAUAAAUUGUGUUUAUAAUGUACGAAUGUAUUACGAUGUGUGUACUACUGCUACUAAAUAAUUACUAGGUUCUGUUUCGAGCAAUUCCUGACGGGUAUUGAUACAGGGAUUGCUGAUAAAUGCUCUUGAUUUAUAUAUUGUACGCAGUACCUUUUAAGCAACCUUCAGAACACUGAAAUCAGUCUUAGAAGGAAGUUUCUUCAGUGCUACAAACAAUGGCGCAAAUUUGCAAUUUGUGCUAGUUUUCCCGAAUCUUUUGUUUUGUUAUUUGGUUAAAAAAACUUGCAAAUAGGAUGUGUUAAAAAUACCGUCUUGGGCCAUUCUAUAACCUUUAUUUGAUGAACGGGGACGUAUACGUAGUGCUACAUUAACUACCAAAGCUGGCAAGUAACGAAAUUUAUCGCAAAGCCACAUUCAUUGAUUGUAACUGAAAUGAGCUAUGCAAAAACCAAGGAGUUCUUCCCCUGUGCGACCACCAAACUAAAUCAUGAGCGCUCUUCUGUUGCUUAUCAUCUAAGUAAUUGCAUUUCCUAAAUUCUUUUAUAAUUUCUUUAAAUUCCCUAUAAAAAAGAUAUUCAUUUCUUGACUCAUAUUACACAAUAUGAAGUACGUUCACCACGGCUGAUUGCAGUCUGACCGAUGAAUGAGUUUGUCAGAGUCAGUGUUAAUGUUGCGUUCAAGAUCGGCUGUCUACUUGCAAUUUCUUCAACCUUCCCUACGCUAUUGAACCACAUGAAUCAGACAUGGCGAGCUCAUUUUACCAGCAGAAGUCUCCAAUGUAUAGAAUAAGCCUUACAAAUCGUUAAACUAAAUUUAGCGCCGUUACUCCCUGAGUCAGAUAUUGUAGUCACCUCGAAAUGAUAAAGUAUUUAAGUGAACCAAGGGUAACUUGUCGAGGAUAAGUCAUAAUACGAAUACAACAUAUAUCCAAACCGCAUGCACCGAAAUUAAAUAAAA